UGGACUGAAAAGUAGUCGAAAGAAUGGUCCAGAAGACGAUGGCAAGUUUCAAGAGAGAAGUGAGCAUGCAUUUUUGGACAGGGACUAUGGGCUUCUAUUUUGUGUGAAUGGUCAGUGAGCUCACCAAAAGAAGGCUUUGUUGGUGGUCCUUAAUGAUGGAUCCUGCUUAUCGACCAAGCUUAAUGCAAAAAGACAGUGGUGUUUCUGGUGUUCUUCCAUUUGCUGGGUCAGACUUGGUUUUGAGUCCUUCCCAAUGGAGCGGUCAUGUUGUUGGAAAGGUUAGCUCAUGGAUUGACUUGGAUUCAGAAGAUGAGAUCCUCCGGUGCGAUUCAGAAACUACUUUGAAGCAAGAGAUAGGAUGGGCUUCUCAUUUGUCCCUGCAGGCAUGCCUUCUUCCAGCUCCAAAGGGGAAAUCCUGUGCUAAUUAUGCUCGAUGUGCAAAUCAGCUUUUACAGGGCAUAAGCAGUACACAGUUGUGGUUGCGGCUUCCAUGGGUGAAUGAGGAUGAUUCUUGGGAGAUUUGGAAUUCAUUUCAUCUGAUAUGUGAACAUCAUAGUCAGUUAUCAGUUGCUCUUGAUGUUUUAAGUUCACGACCUUUUGUAAACUCUCUUGGACGCUGGUUUGGGGAAUCUGUUAGAGCAGCCAUAUUGAGUACUGAUGUAAUUAAUAUGCUGCUGUGUAAUAGGGGUUCUUUGCAAUCUUACAGGGAUUACUUGCAGUCAGCCAUAUUGGGAUACCAAUUACGCUUAGUCCUGGCGCUUCUCUUGAAGUACAUUUUUGGUGGUGAUGUCGUCUUACCAAGGUUUGGUACGAAUGGUGCGUGGCAUCGCCCUCCAAUUCACCAAUUCACAACAGCAAUGGACGUUCAUACUGGGUUGGGCUCUAGUUGCCCCGCGAUCUUGUUCAUUACAUAA